AAAUGUGGGCAUUGUGAUUAUGGGGUGUUGCCCAGUUCCUGCUGGGUCACGUAUACCUAGAACCUUUCUAACAUCCCAGCAUCCCCAGGAUGGGGGCACUGCUAAUGGCCUCUUGUUGGCAGGGUGAGAAGAUCUAUCUCAUCAAGCUGGCCUCGGCGAGCUCCUCCCUUUACGAGUUCUGCCAUUCAGCCUCCAACAACGAGAUGUUCUUUGUCGACCAGGAUGAAAAUGAGGCUCUCGCUUUUGGAUUGGUUUAUAUGCCUCAGGUUCUCACAAAUCUGGGAAGCAGCUGCUGCCUCAUUGAGUCCAAGGAGCUGAAAUUCUCAAUGGAGCUUGCAGAUCACGGACUGAAAAACAGAGAAGAGCAAGUUAUUACCCUGUAUGAAAACAUCAACCUCGUGGAGUUGAGACUCAUUCAGCCAUAUGAACAUGUUAUAACGAACUUUAUCUGUGAGAUCAAACUUCAGAGCCCGGAAAUGGAAAACCUGGCCAUUGCCGUGAAGAGAGCCCAGGACAAGGCAGCCAUGCAGCUGAGUGAGCUGGAAGAGGAAACGGAUCAGAGGAUUCAGGCAGCAGAACACAAGACACGGAAAGAAGAAAAACGGAAAGCUGAAUGAGCUCUUAGUGACCCCAGAUGUCAGUGUGAAAUUCAGAGAAGUAGGAGAUCUGCAGGUGACCAUAAACAAACUCAAAAAGUUUCUCCUUCUGAAUCAAAAUGCAACUUAGAAUCAGUGAUCCUGGAUAGUCAUGUGGCAAUUGUGACAUACUUGUGUGAAGAGCUUCAGUGAACACUAUCUGGCAAGAUGAAGAAGGCUCCAGCAUCAGAGUACUUAGACUUGAUGAGAUAUGACAUUUGUUUUGAUGAACACACACAUUUUAAAUGAAUUGACACCCACAAAUCCCCACAAUUCCCUGGGGAUGGAAGAUACUCCUAAGAAAAGUAUUUUUUGUUCUCCAUGUUUUAGAUGCUCCUAGACUGCUUUAAUCUGCUAGAACAAUCAAAACACAUAAGUCAAAAAGAUGUGGCUGCGUUAAAAAAAUAAAUUAUGACUUAUUUAAUGGAAAAUCAGAAAGUGAAGAAAGCCCUUUUAGAAGCACGGACAAAUAUAGCCUUUCUUCAGAGUGAAUUAGAUGCAUUGAAAUGUGAUUCUGAUCAGAGCCUGAAUUCUGAAAGAUUACUGGAGUCCUUUAUAUAGAGAGUGAAAUUUGGACAUAGAGGAGAAGACUUGGGGAGCAGCCAGAAGCUGGAAGUUAACUGGACCCAGAGGAGAAAGGAGAAGACAUCACCAUGUGCAUUCCCAUGUAAUGGAAAAAACAAGAAACCCCAAAGAUUGUCC